CUUCCGUUUCCGCAAUGGUUGACUGACUUCACGGGUCUCAAAGAAUGGCCAGGUCUAGACCCACCAUAUAUACCAUUGGAUUUUGUCGACUUCUCCAAAGUACCCAACCACAUUAGACAGCAUGCUCAGGGUCAAUGCGAGGAUCCAGUGCUUCGAGAUUUGUCCAGUUGUUCGUUUGAUUGUUUCAAUUGCGUCGCUUCCGAUGACGCAUAUACUUGUCCCAAAUUGUCUCAGACUUUUGACGACGGCCCAACACCUGCCACUUUAAAACUUAUUGACAACCUCAGACAACCCUCUACUUUUUUCACCUUGGGCGUUCAAAUCAUUCGCUUUCCAGAAGUCUAUCGCCAGUCUGUAGCUAAGGGACACAUUAUGGGCUCGCACACAUGGUCACAUAAGUUCCUACCUUCUCUAACUAACGAACAAAUAGUCGCUCAGUUGGAAUGGUCAAUUUGGGCUAUGAACGCUACCUCGGGCCAUCUUCCCAAGUGGUUCCGUCCGCCUUACGGAGGUAUCGACAAUCGUGUCAGACAGAUAGUGCGCCAGUUUGGAAUGCAGAGUGUGUUAUGGGACUUUGAUACCUUCGACUGGAAAAUGCUAGAUUCGUCACAAAGCCGCAAGGAACAAGAUAUUUACACGGAUCUAAAGAAGUUCCAGUUCACCAACGGUGGCAAGGGACUUAUGCUAGAGCAUGACGCUAUCAUGAGAACUGUCAAUGUCGGAAUUGAGAUCAACCAACGUCUAUUGGGGGAUCAAUUGACUGUUCCUCAAUGUGUGGGGGGCAUUGAUUAUAUCAAAAGAUUUGCAUAG